CACUUCAAUGAAUAUUAAUCGCUGAAGGCACAGUUGACGCACCGCGUCAGGUCCGCCCGAAUGAGUCCAUCCGUCCAUCCAGACACACACAAUGCAUCGCAUCAAACAAGUCACAAUCAGCAAGAGAUGGCCUCGGCCGUGCGGCAGCUGGGGAGCUACUGCCCCACCUCCAUGGGCAUCUUCUCGGUCGUUUCUCUGCUCACUUACUAGCGAGAUACUGAGUAUGGGCUUCUGUCUGUCAGACCUCUUGUCGGGGAUCGCAUUCGUUCCAGGUUCGGUGCUGCGGGGGGGUGGGAAGAUGGCCGACACCUCGCGAGGGGUCAUGAAGCUACAGAGCGACGCCAGGAUGUCUUCGCCGAAGCGUUCAGGUGCCUGAAGCAGACACAUGACCGAAGGAAACAAGGCGGCAUGAGAGUGGCUGACAUCGUCUGGGUGGUGUAUAGCUGCCUGUGUACCUUCUUCUUAACAUCCCAAACCUUCGCGGAGGCAGCAAGUCAGACGGACACGCACCAAAGACAAGCAUCGAGCAGUGGUUCGGGGAUCUUUCUGUUGAGGUGUUCGCCUACCACGGGUGGCUGUCCGUUCGGGUUUGUGUGCGUUAUUGUCUCGUUGUGCGGCACUACCUGCUUGAACUCCUCCCCCCUUCCGCCGACCUACCUCAUGAACAGCGCCGUUCCCUCGUGCAGAGUGCCCGCCUUCUUGUAGAAGACGUGUGGGUCGAUGCGAUAUACUCUGGCCGUGUCCCACAAGUAGUCGUCGGUCGGAGCCCUCUUGGUGCUCGACAGCAACACAACACGGGUGCCCUCCUGGUAACGGCCGCUUGCAGAGUGCUCCAUCACCUGACGAAACAAACGAACGAACGAAGGAAUGAAUCGUCCAUUUGCGCAUCUGCCUGAGGCGGAUCAGCAGAUGAAGAUGAAGCUGCUGCCAUCGCUCAGUCAACCCGGCUGACGAGAAGAGCACAGAGGUGUGCACCACUCUCGGCGUGUAUUCUCGUCAUGCAUGUGCUGCCUACCAGCGAGAUUUGCCAAGGAGAAUCCUAUGGACGAUGGCCUCUCUGUCCGUGGAGGCUUCUAUUGAGGCCGAUCUCCGUCUCAGCCGCGCCUCUGUGUCUGACAAGCAACAACGGCAACAACAACAACACAAUCACAGCCAGUCAGUGUGCCGCUGCAACCAAAUUGUUUCACCCGAUUGCCCUGCGAUUCCAGGGCGAUGAAUAUCAAAGUACUCUGUGACACCAGAUGAGUCGACUGAUGAUGCCUCAAGCCGUUGGAGUAGAGGGGAGAGGAGAGAGAGCGCG